CACCAAAAUCAUUAGUGGUCUGCAAUCAUCUAGUCUGGUCUGAUGCUGUUUCCGGUUUGUGCCUGCACGCCGAUUUUGUGAUCUACGGUGGAGCUACGUUUGUGUUUUCCAAAUAAACCCGGCGGAUUUGAACGAGUCUUUUGUUGUCACCAUGUCCACUGCCCUCGAGAGCUACAUCAACCGUACAGUGGCCAUCGUUACAUCUGACGGACGGAUGAUAGUGGGCACCCUGAAGGGCUUUGACCAGACCAUCAACCUGAUUCUGGAUGAGAGUCAUGAGCGUGUGUUCAGUUCCUCUCAGGGCGUGGAGCAGGUGGUCCUGGGACUAUACAUCGUCAGAGGAGACAACGUAGCUGUUAUUGGGGAGAUUGACGAGGACACAGAUUCUUCGCUGGACCUGGGGAACAUCCGCGCGGAACCCCUUAACUCUAUAGUCCACUGACCUCUCACGCUGACCCCUCAACUCUGGUGUGCUGACCCCUACACCUGAGUGAUUGUGUGUGAAAGAGAAAGAUAGAAAUAGAGUAGUGUUUCAAUUUUCACCACCUACUCAGCAAUUACUGAUGUCCCUGUCUGAAGAGCACAGUUUAUCUUCCCCCAUGAAGGACCCAGGGGACUAAUAAUAGGAUGUUGAUGAAUUUGUGGUGGUAUUUUUUAAUAAAGUGUGUUUUGUUUAA